AUGGCCACAAAAAUCAGUUCAAGACCAUCACUCCUCCACCUCCUCCCAUCUCCUCCACUUGGCCACCACUACUCCGCCGCCGCCUGGUACAAUCCGCCGCCGUCUUCCCGAAACCCUAACCUCGAGCACGACCCGAUCCUAACCACCCUUUCUCAGGCCAUACGGAACUCUCCUUCAAAACCUCUCCAAGCCUCCAUCAAACACCUCCUCCCUUCUCUGAAGCCGCGCCACGUCGUUAACCUAAUCACCUCGAAUCCUCACUCUCUCUCUCCACCCUCUAUUUUCUCUUUCUUCACAUGGCUCUCGUCUGCCGCCAACUCCACCUUCCGCCACACACUCCGUUCUUACUGCGCCAUGGUCCAUUUUCUUUGCACCCACCGGAUGUUCGUCGAGGCCAGAGAUUUGUUCCGAGUUUUGGUGUCGAGAAAAGGGAAAAAUUCGGCUGCCGAUGUUUUUGCUGCACUUCUUGAAAGCAGAGGUACCCUCAAAUCUGACAUUUACGUCUUUUCAGGAUUAUUGAGUGUUUAUCUUGAAUCGGGUUUUAUAGAUGAUGCUAUUCAAUGCUUUAGAUUGACCAAAAAGCAUGGAUUUAGAAUCCCAUUUGAUGCCUGCAAGAAAUUACUCGAACAUUUGGUGAAAUUGAGGUCUUACAAGUUGGCCUGGGAGUUCUACGAGGAGAUACUAGAAUGUGGGUACCCUUCAAGCUUGUAUUUUUUCAACAUUUUAAUGCACAGAUUUUGUAUUCAAGGUGAAAUGAAGCUGGCCUCCUCUGUUUUUGAUGGGAUUACAAAGUGGGGUUUAAGGCCUAGUGUUGUGAGCUUCAAUACCUUAAUGAAUGGUCAUGUUAGGAUGGGUGAUUUAGAUGAAGGGUUUAGGCUGAAGGAUGCAAUGCGGGCCUGGGAAAUCCGGCCCGACGUUUACACUUACAGCGUUCUCAUAAAUGGGCUGUGUAAGGAGCGGAGAAUGGCCCACGCAGGUAAACUGUUUGAUGAAAUGCUUGAUAAUGGUUUGGUCCCGAAUAAGGUUACUUUCACCACAAUGAUUGACGGCCACUGCAAAAACGGGAGUUUCAAUUUGGCUAUGGAGAUUUACGAAAAAAUGUUGGCUCAGUCACUUUCACCCGAUCUCAUCACGUACAACACGAUUAUCAACGGGCUUUGCAGCAAGGGCGAAAUGAAGGAAGCCCGAAAACUUCUAGAUGAGAUGCGGGCCAAAGGGUUUAAGCCCGACAAAAUUACGUACACGUCCCUCAUCGAUGGCAGCUGCAAGGAAGGAGAUCUAGAGUCCGCUUUCAAUCUCAGGGACGAAAUGGUCAAGGAAAGUAUCCCUCUCGAUGAUGUGGCGUAUACUGCCCUCAUUUCGGGACUUUGCCACGAAGGGCGGGCCCAAGAUGCAGAAAUUUUGCUGAGGGAGAUGUUGCGGGCCAGGCUGAGGCCCGAUGACGAAACAUAUACUAUGGUCAUUGAUAGCUUUUGUAAAAAUGGAGAUGUUAGGAAUGGUUGUAGGUUGUUGAGCGAGAUGCAGAGGGACGACCGUGUGCCAUCUGUCGUCACUUAUAAUGUUGUGAUGAACGGUUAUUGCAUGCUGGGGCAGAUGAAGAAUGCGGAUAUGCUUCUGAAUGCAAUGAUGAGUUUAGGGGUCGUGCCUGAUGAUGUCACGUAUAACAUUUUAUUGGAAGGGCACUGCAAAAAUGCGGGACCGAAGGAUGUUUGUAUUUUGCGUGGUGCCAAAGGGCUCGUUCUCGACUAUGCUUCGUAUGUUUCGGUAAUUGGGAGCUUAAGUAAAUCGUCGAGGUCACGGGACAAGGGAUAG